UGACGUCGGCGGGGUUAGACAGAGAAAGGUGACUUGCGCAGUGUCACUGACUCAGUCCGACUCCGCGCAGUCGGAUAGCCGCUAGAGUUAGCCUUACUCGUUAAAAACAACAAAUAUUCAACGAUAUCUGAAUAAAUCGAACGAAAUAUUAACGACAAACAGCUGAAAUAACAUAAAUAUAGUUUGUUAUUUUAUGUUCAAGUGUGUUUAGUGUCGGCGUGUUUCGGUUCAGUGUUUGUGAUUCAGUGCUGGGUUUGAAGUGUGUUCGCUGGAUCCCGUUGGCCCAUGUUAGCGGAAUCAUUCAAUCGGAGGGACAAAUAUUCGGUACGGGCUAACAGUCAAUAUGGAGAAUGAACACUAACUGACAAUGUGCAAGCUCAAGAAAGCAGAACACGACAUUAUCUUGGCAUGACUCUGACACAAUAGAGGCUGAAAAUGUCACAGUCGGCGUUGGGCCUCGGCGGAGAGCGGAGGUACUCGGUGCCAUCCAACCCGCUGAUGCACGACCAUCGUGGCAUGCACUCCGAGGACCUCCAUGCGUGGUCAAUAUACAGGCAAAAUCUGAAUUCGGAUUUCACGGACAGCGCGUUGGGGAGUACUGACAAGAGUCCGCUGCCGUACGGGAACUUCCAGCUCAGAGAUACCACGGUGCAGUCCAUACUGUCACACCCCCGAUAUGGACCCAAAUCGGCUCUCGGUUCGAACAUGUACACGUACCUGAAGUUCGGCUUGCCUCGGGUGUUUCCGCCGAACCACAACGGGUCGCAACGGUCUGGUACGCCGAAACCGAAGACGUCCAUCGGGAGUGGUAUGAAACCGGCGCCAAGGAUCCAACGCCAAAGUCGAGGCAUGCGCGAGACGUCCUCAGGCUACGACAGUUCGGACAACGAGACGACUACAAACUACAAGUACAGUCGGAAGUAUCGCUCUGACCCUGAUUUUAGGAUGCAGAACAUCCAUCCUUCCUUGCAGCCUAACACAGGAGUACCAGUGGUCGCGAUGCAGCAAGCCGGCAUCCGUGGUGACGGGCAGUGGACAAACGUCCGGAACAAGUCUGUGAGUGAGGCAAACCUGCUUGGGAUAGACGCCAGGCCACAGCGAGCCCACUACAAUAACAGAAGGAAUAGUGUUGCUGAUUAUGUGCCGGACGGAGAUCAUCAUAGCUACCUAAUGUCACCAUCCCACCUCGGAGGGCGCAUGUCGAAGGCAGGCAGUCACAUGUCGAUCGCGCAGUCCAGGAAACACUCCACUCUGAGACCUGGAGACCAUCUGGACGGCUACACGCACUCCGCUUACAUUUAUCCUAAUUAUUACGUAAACAGUCUAGAAAUAACAGCACCUGAGAACAAGUCAACGUUGUUGGUGUCUGGCCUCAGUUUCGAGGUGAAGUCGGGAGAGAUACUAGCGGUGCUCGCCACCUCGCACCACGAGGCCACCGGCUUACUGGAUGUAUUAGCUGGUGUGCGAAAGAAACUGACAGGCGACAUAGUCCUAAACGGGCAGCCGGUCGCAUCGUCAACGCUUCGUAAGGUAGCGGCUUAUGUUCGGAAGGACACGUCGCUGUGCCCCUCGAUGACGGUGGAGCAUACUCUGCGGUUCCACGCAGCGCUCCGGAGGCCCAGGAACAAUGGGCAGGUCAAAAUGGGGGAUAGAGACCGGAUCAAUCUUCUAAUCGAAGAACUUGGUCUAGAACAAGUUCGGGACACAAACGUGGGCCGGCUCACUCGAUCAGAAAUCCGUCGGCUGAAUGUCGCCUGCCAGCUACUCCUAGACAUGGCGAUACUGAUCCUUGACCAGCCGACCAAGGAGAUGGAUAUAUUUGAUACAUUCUUCUUGGUGGAGUAUCUGAGGAACUGGGCCAGUACUGGGAGAGUUGUUAUCAUGUCGCUACACCCACCCACUUAUGAGAUUUUUGCUAUGCUUACUAAGGUGGUGUUAAUAUCAGCCGGUAGGACGAUGUUCAGCGGCUACAGAAGGGAUAUGUUGCCAUACUUCGCCUCCAUCGAUUACCCCUGUCCAGCUUUUAAGAAUCCCUCUGAUUACUAUUUGGACCUGGUGACCCUGGACGACCUGUCAGCCGCGGCCAUGCUGGAGUCCUCCGGGCGUAUCUCUGCGCUGGCGAGCGUGUUCGCGGGCGCGCACGCCCCGCCCGAGCCGCCGCCCGGCGUGCCGCUGCCCGCGCCGCUCACACGCCCCAACGCGCUGGUGCAGGCCGGGGCACUCAUUGAAAAGAGCUUACUCUUCACGCAAUCAACGACUGUCUCAAACGUGAUAACGCGCGUGCUGCUAGCUGCUAUUAUGUCGCUGGUGACUGGCACCAUCUUCUGGGACCUACCAGCUACAGAUCCUAAGCUGACCCAAAACGACCGCGUGGGCUUCCACUACGCGGUGUGCUGCGUGUCGGCGUGGCCGCUGCUGCUGUGGCUGAGCGCGCGCGAGGCCAGCUCCAUGCGCCAUCAUGUGGAGCGGGACAUCGCCGUCGGACUCUACUCUAGGACCGUCUUCAUAUUGUUUGAUCAAUUCCUGGAGCUGUGGUCUGCGGGCCUGACGUGGCUGGCCUACCUAGUGCCGAGCUACGCCAUGAGCGGUCUGUACGUGCAGGCACCCGCCUCCUAUGAUGGACUUUAUUUAUAUAUAGGUUACAUGGUGCUCUAUUUAAUAUGUAUACAAAUGUUAUGUCGCGCGACGAUAUUCCUUGUGCCAAUGGAGAAGACUGCCGCAGUGAUAUCAGGCUUUUGCCUUCUACUCAGUACCCUCGUGAACGGCGUGAUGUUGCACGAGCGAGACCUGCCGGACUACGUCACGUGGCUGCAGUAUGUGUCGCCAUCUAGGUGGCUGCUGCCCGAACUACUGCAGAGGGAACUCAGUGAGGUGGCCCUUAGGAGCAGUAUUAGUAAAGAUGUGCGGUGUCCUAAUAAACAGAUACCAUACCAGGACAUAAUAGUUCAAUCACCGUGUCCUCCGGAAUUCUCCCGUCUGAACGGAACCCAAGUGCUCUCGAACUACGAGUACCUCCGCUCCAACCACCUCUGGGAGUGGACAGGAGACACUUUCCUCAUAGCUCUAGCCAUAUUCUACGCCGUAUUCGCAAUUAUAGCAAUAGUGGCGUUCGUAGCUGACUGCUCUAAAUACACUAAGAGAAAAGACAGGGCAUCGCGAAAAGGGCACAAAGUUAGUGUGAACACGCCGUGAAUAAAUAAAUAGCAAAUAUUAAAAUAACCUAACUAUCAAUUCAAGGGAAGAUUAGUGAUAUGUUGAAUUGACGUCAUAUGUUCGCAGACUUUAGCGCCAUCUACUGGCGUAAAUAGUUAUCGUAAUUCUGCGAACGCAUUCGAAUGUAAGUUAUGCAAAUCAUAAUGCAAUCAGAGAUUAUGGGAAUAUAAUUUAGAAGAUAAAUAGAAAUUCAAAUAUAAUAAUGGUAUCAUAACAUACUGAUAUAACAUACAUUUAGGUAUGUAGGGUAUAUUCUUUAACUUAGAUGAAUUAUAAUUUUAAAAUAAUUAAAUGUUUUUCUAAGAUUUAUAAAAGUCGAACAAUGUACAAAAGUAUGAGUUUUCAUAAUAAAAUGAUAAUUAGAAUUAAAUUCAACUUGUGUUGAGUAAAAGGCUGACUGUGUAGGUCUUCCGUCCAUUCAGAUCUUUUUAAGAUUCUUUAUAUAAAUAUAAUUUAGGUAAAAUUAGUAUGUAUAAGAUUGAAUGAAUUAUUUUUAAUCUGUGUUAGUGGGGUGAAUAGGAUCUAAGUGGACAUGUAUUUGUUUGUUUACCUUAUAUUUUAUUUUUUCAUUAUGAAGCUUCUAUUCAUCUCAUUACCCUUAAAAAUCGAAUUAUUAAUUCACAUUUUUAGCUAAAAAUGUGAAUUUCUUUACGUUUUCUUAAAGCUUUCUCUUCUCUACCCUUCCUUAGUAGAAAAGUCCAUAAGCA